ACUUUAAUAUCAUAAUAACAUUUGUAUAAAGUUGUAAUUGCAUGUUGCAUACGCGUACGCGCCCGGGCCGCUUGCACACACAGUGACAUAUCAAUAUACAUAUAGCCAUAUAAAACAUAUAAAAAGAGAUAUUGGUGUGUAAAUUGGCGCUGUGCUCACUAAAUUUUAUUCAGUUAGGAUUUCGCUCUCGACUAAGAACAAGGCAUUUUUUUUAUUCAGCUGCUAUAUAACUGCUUGCUGACAAACUCAUCGCACUUUGCAAUAUAAUACAGUGUGGUAGCUAAAGCACAUAUCUUACUUAUAAAUUCAUAGGUGAAAUUAUAAGCGUGUAUGUGUUAGCUGGGUAAGCGCGCAAGUUAUUCUUUUAAUUCUGUCAUUAAUAUUUUAUUGUAAGACGCGUAUACGCCCUAGUGCAUUAGGUUACUCCACGUGUAAUUGUUUUUCAGCUAUUAUCUAUAAUAAAAAAAAAUAGAGAAAAUAAACCGGCGAGUAAAACACCGAUGAAGAAACGGCGACAUCUUGAUACCCGCGAUUGAUACUAAAUUUAAAAAAAAAAAAAAAAAAAAAAAAAAAAAACACAAAAAUAAAAUAAAAAAAAUUAACCGAGAGAAAUAACACAUAAUUAAAAAAUAAUAUAAAAGAAAAAAAAAAUCUAAUAUGCAGCAGCACAGAGUAGAAGCUCAAAUUCUUUACGAAGAGCAAAUUUUGGAAGCAAUUGACCAAUUACGUCGCCGAAAAGCGCGUCCAGACGCCGACCGUAUUUGCAAUUAUUUACUGAGAAAAUUUUGUGUCGACGCGAGGGACACCAUAGCAGAUCUUCACCGUCUGAUCGAGGCUGAGAAGGUGAUCCAGGUGGACUACAAAGGCAACACCUCGUACCGCAAUGCGUCCAAGUGGUCCAGACUCCAGCUGUACAAGAACAGACCCGAAGGAUUCGUCAAGGACAAACUGAGCUCUGCUUCAGUCGCUGGAGCAGUUGCUGAGCUGGUGAUCGAGGAGCCUGACUACUUAGACCAAGGAGUUCCUCCGUUCCGGCUGAUUGAACAUCUGCUAGACGGAAUCUCCAACCCGACCUCGCGUAAAAUGGUCGAGGAUUUUCUGAACAAAGAAGUCGCAAGCGGUAAUAUCAUUAGAUCAGCCAAUGGUAAUUACUCUCUAGUUGCUACUAGUGACACCAGCAAUACGACGUUAAAUUCAACUAUUUCUUCAUCGUCUUCAUCUUCGUCGCCUCCACCACGAGCUAAUUUAAUUACUAAUAAUCACAUGGACAAUAAUGGAGUAAUUGCUGGCAAAAAUUUUUCACGUGACGAUAUUAAUAUUAAUAUUAUUAAUUGUAACAACAGUAGUAAUGUUAAUGGGAGUGAUAAUCCUACUAAUUCAGUAAUGAAUGCCAAUUACGACAAUAAUAAUUUAUUAAUUACUGACUCACGCUCUAGUACGCCGAAAAUAAACACUUCAAGACUUGUUGUUGGGAGUAAUAAUAAUAAUAAUAAUAAUAAUAAUGGGAGUGUUGGAACGGUCGUCAGCAAGCGUGAGCAAUGUUUUGAAGUCGCAGUUGCUGUGAAAGAACCGAAUUCUCCUGAAGAAUCAGGUACCAAGGAUGACCUGGUACUUUGCACCCAGGAUAAUAUCCCAAUGGCGAAUGAUACAGCUGAGAAAAAAGAACCCAAAACUGAAGUGGUCAUCACUUCUAACCUUAAACGCUCGGCUAAGUCUGAGCGUAAACAACGCUUGAUGGUUAGAGCUGAUGACUCCAUGGAUAUUGAGAUCAAGUUUGAUGAAAUUAAGUACGAGAGCAAGUUUAAUGGUACUAAGGAGAAGGCUAAGGAGAAAGAGAAGGAGGACAGUGAAAAUUUGAGCGAGAAAGAGGAUGAGGAAGCUGAGGCUGAGAGAAGUUCCGCUAAUCCUUCGCCGACUUUGUCGAAUCCUGUUGGAGGAUUUCGCAGUGCGAGGCGGAAGAGAGCCAAGAAAGUAUUUGACCCAUCGGAUAACAACGUAGUAAAACGCAAGCGAGGAAGAUACGCAACUGCGGCUACAAAAGCCAGCUUGCAAGUUACUACUCAGGAUUCCCAGGAUUCGACUUCUUCGAAGCCAAGUGUCAAAGAAACUGGAAGAAAAUGCAGUCUUUGUUAUAAAGACAAAGCUGAGAGUCUUAUUCCUUGUCGUGAUUGUACUGUCAGAGCGCAUCCAAGUUGUAUUUAUUCCCCCGACGACUUGCUUCUUAAAACAGGAAGCAGCUGGCAAUGUGAGCGCUGCAAAAGUUGUACAGUUUGCUGUGAAACGUCAGACAUAGGACCUUUGUUGACCUGCUACACGUGUGACGACGCGUAUCACUACUCGUGUCAUACGCCGCGCGUGAUAAGGUCAGGCUCUAAAUGGCAAUGCUGCGAAUGCAAGCCUCAACCCAGCAAGACCGUCACCGCCACAGCACCAACAGCCCCGACUACCUUAACAACCAAUUCUACCGCAUCAACAACCCCGACAGCCUCAAUUACAACGCCUGCAGCAGCCCCCAGAUCAGAAACGCCUCCACAAACCCCUACUUUACCUCCAGUAUUGAGUCCACAGGUAUCACCGUCUAGAGAAUCUUUGGAGCCUGCUGAAGAUGAAACAAUGCCACGUGAUUCCGUUAUUGAUCCAAAUAUACCAGAUGCGUCUGAUUGGACUUCCGAACAAGUUUAUCAGUAUUUUGCCCGGCUUUUCCCAAAAGAAGCUGAAGUUUUUCGCAUGCAGGACAUAGAUGGCCAUUCGUUGUUGUUAAUGAAAAGAUCCGACGUAUUAAUCGGACUAGAUCUUCUUCUGGGUCCAGCUCUUAAGAUUUACCGACACGUGUUGAAAUUACAAAUGCGUCGGGAUGAAACACGUUUCUAUUGGUUGUAACUUUUGCUUAUUUUAAAAAUUAAUUCGCUCAACAUUUAUAUUUGUUAAAUAUAAAAUCGUGUUAUUAAACUUUUUAAUUAUUACAUUAUGUUUGUAUAUAACCAUUUGAUCUAAAUAUAGACAAUUUUAUAUUAAA